AUGACAGCGUUCCUAGGGAUAUACAAGGCAGUUUUUCAAUAUGAGCCACAAUCCGACGAAGAACUGGCAAUUGAUGAGGGCGACAUGCUUUAUCUGUUGCAAAAGUCGGAUGUUGACGAUUGGUGGACGGUGAAAAAGAGAGUAAUCGGAUCGGACGCCGAGGAACCCGUGGGUCUAGUACCUAAUAACUACAUUGAAGAGGCAGACAUCCUUUACACUGCAAAAGCGGUGUAUGACUACCCAGAAGUUCAAAACCCUGAGGAGGAACUGGCGUUCAGUGAAAACGACUCGUUCGACGUGUUUGACGACAGAGACUCUGAUUGGAUCUUAUGCCGUUCUCAAAAGACUGGGGAGUUCGGUUUUGUGCCAGGCAAUUACAUUGAAGUUACCGGCAGCUCAGUGGCUGCCGGGCAAGGUACCUCUGCCUCGGUAGCACCGGCUCCAGCUCCAGCAGCCUCAGCUCCCGCACUAGAUGCAUCCAGUUUUCCCCCUCCACCGCAACACAUGUCGCGAGCUUCUAUCCAACCAUCAAGCAAUACAGCUUUGCCUCCCACCCCUCCAGAAUCUCCUCAAGCAGAAGAUAUUCCACCUCCAAGACCUGCAAGGCCGGAAGUCGAAGACGAAGAAUACGCUCCGCCAAAGCCAACAAGGCCAACAAACACUGAAAGUACUCCCGAUAGACGUAGGUCUGCUUACUCAGGAAGUUAUGGAGAUGACGACGAGGUGGAGGAUCUCGACCUCCAAGAGACCGCUAGGUCCGAAUCAAAGACAGGAUCAUUCAACACCUGGGACAUCUCAGAAGUUGAUGGCCGCAAAAAACGUAAAGCGAAAAUCGCAAUUGGCAGGGACACCAUUUUCUUCACGCCUUCCAAGGGCACUCCUCAACAGUGGCCAAUCCAAGAUUUGAUGACAUAUGACAAUGAAAAGAAGCACAUUUUUUUUGAGUUCACAAAUCCUUAUCUUAACCUUGAGAUACACACCGGCUCCACAGAUGUUGCGAAUGAGAUUAUGGCGGUACUCGGUGAAGUGAAGGGUGCCUAUCACGCAAGCGGACUACGUGAAGUCGAAGCUGCUUCUAAAGCUCCUGCAAAGUCCAAGAAAGCUUCAUCUAAAAGUUCCAACAGGAAGCAAGGGAAGGUUGUUUAUGAUUUUAUCGGCGAGUCUGGCGAUGAACUAACCAUCACAGCAGGCCAGAUCGUUAACAUACUGGAUGACAAAAAAUCUAAGGACUGGUGGAUGUGUGAGCUACCAGAGACAGGGAAAAAGGGGGUUGUUCCUGCCCAGUUCGUCGAGCCUAUUAACCAACUCUCGUUUAUGGCAGGAUCUUUGAAGGGCUUGAGAAAAUCUUCCCGUAGCGGAACCCCUACCGCGAGCAAGGAUUGGAAGCAAGACGACGACCAAGAGGUAUCCAAAAAAAGCUCUGCAAGGAAGAGAGCCUCUUCGUUUCUGCACAAGAAAAAGGAUGGCGAAAAAUCUUUAAGCAAGAAGCACAAAGAUUUCCCGGAUUCUAGCAAGACCAGGAUAUGGGUUGAUAGAAGCGGUACUUUCAGAGUUGAAGCUGAGUUUAUUGGCUGUGUAGAUGGCAAGAUUCACUUACACAAGGCGAAUGGUGUCAAAAUCGCUGUUGCUGCCGACAAGCUCUGUCAAGAGGAUCUUGAGCUCGUGGAGAGAAUGACCGGUAUGUCCCUUGACAAAUAUAAACCAAAGAACACAACCUCAAACUCUUCUUCGAGCGCAAGAGACAAAGAACGCGAUAGAAGACGGAGACUAAAGGAACAAGAAGAUCGCGAACGCGAACUUGAGCAAAGGGAAAGGGACAGAAAGCUAAGAGAACAAGAGCUUAUCGAGCUAAGGAGAGCUCGUGAUUUGCUUGAUAAGGAGAGAGAAAACUUAAGGGCUUCACAAGAGAGAGAACUUCCACCAAUUAAGCCUCCUCGACCAAAUACGGCCACGGCCAGCUCAUCUGAAAGAAUGACCCCUAAGUCAGCCUCAAAACCUGAAUAUGACUGGUUUGAAUUUUUCUUGAACUGCGGUGUUGAUGUCAACAACUGCCAGAGAUACACCAUAAAUUUCGAGAGAGAACAAAUAGCUGAAGAAAUUCUCCCAGACAUUCAGCCUUCUCUUCUUAGAACGCUGGGCUUACGCGAAGGAGAUAUCAUCAGAGUUAUGAAGUACUUGGACCAAAAGUUUGGAAGGCAGAGUUCAGUGAAUUCUAAUGCUACUGGCGGUUUAUUCUCGGAGCCAGACGGUUCUUUGAAAGUUUCUCAGACAGGGAUUGCAGCGAACUCAACUGGUGCUCUUUCAAGUAAUCUCUUACCCCAGCAGCCUAAUGCACAAGCUUCCAAUCCGCGAGAUGACGAUGCUUGGACCGUCAAACCUGCAGCAAAGCUUGAGACUAAAUCACCACACCAAACUUCAGAAUUCACAGGUUCCAUGCAGGACCUCUUAGACCUACAACCGCUUGAGCCCAAAAGGACUGCUAAUGCCGCUCCGCAACCUAAUAUCAAGGAUUUAGAAGCUGUAAAGACUGGUGCAUCGAAACCGGAUACUGCUAUUCAGCCUGAGAAAACCGGAGCAUCACUCGUUCCCCUGGACCCUUUCAAGACAGGCGGCCAUAACUUACUUCCAAUGGCAACAGGUGGCUUCGUGAUGGUCCCUGUCAGUACUGGGGGUCUUGUGCCUCUUCAAAGAACUGGCGGAAUGUUCAUGCCGCAAACUACUUUUGGUAUGCAGCCCACAGGAACUGUACUCCCAGUGCAGAAAACUGGGAGCGGUUUGAUUCCUGUGAAUACCGGCGGUCUUUUACCACAGACAACUUUCGGGUUGCAGGGCUCAUCAAGUAUGAUGCCACUCAACAGGACUGGCGGUACUUUACCUUUGCAGCAAGGCCAAAUGACGGGUUCUCUCUUGCCUCAAACAACGAGUCUGAGCACAAUGGGCCUUCAGAGAACCGGUGGCACUGCAAUGGUGCCGCAAACUACUUUCGGCAUGAACCCUAAUCCGAUGCCUUUGUCUCUGACAGGUGGAGCUUCAAUGUCUUUGCAGAGGACUGGUGGUGGCAUGCCUUUUAGCAUGCAAGCCACCGGAAUUACAGGGGGCAUGCCCCAAACAAGUUUUGGAAACCAGAUAACUGGUGGUGCGAAUAUCGGCUCACAAACAGGAUUUGGGAGCCAAUUUACUGGUGGACCCAGCAUAAUGCCAAGUACAACCUUCACUGGCCAAGCCACAGGAGGUGCUAAUUUGAUCCCCUCAACUUCAUUUGGUAAUCAAUUCACUGGUGGCGUGAACAUCAUGCCUCAGCAAACCACUGGAGUUUAUGGGGGAAUACCCCAGCCGGCAAUGGGAUCAGCUCAGACUGGAGGUUUCGGCACGAUGCCACAAAAUUCUUUCAAUAUGGGAAGCCAAAUGUCUGGCCAGAGGACCGGUGGAAUGGUAGCACCUUAUUUAGCUCCUACUCAAACUGGAGGGUUUCAGCCCCAAUCACAGUUCGGUCUCGGGCUGCAAAGAACGGGCGGUUUAAACUCUUAUCCGCAAACCUCGUUCAGCACUGGCGGCCCAAUGCAGCAGCCGCUCGGGGCUGUUAACACUGGAGGAAUUAAUCAAUUGAACGGCAUGUUCCAAAAUACAUCUAUUUCCCAACCCACCCUGCAAUCCCAACCUACAGGGUUUGGUUUUGGAAACGGCCCUCAACCUUACCAGAAGCAGGCUAAUCUUCAUAACGCAAGCGCUGACAAUCCUUUCGGGUUUUAG